GCUAACCGUUAGCGCUAACCGUUAGCACCUGCGUGAGAACGCCCAAUCGGUUAGCGCUAACCGUUAGCAAUUUGACCUCAUUUCCAUCAUUAACCAAUCAGACGUACGCAAUUCCAAUGAGGUCAGGGGUUAUAUUUUCCCAUAAUUCUUUUCGCACACGUUUGUUUACUUUUAUUUCGAUCAUCGCAUGCUGUCUACUUUGUUUUAGUUUUCCCGCACAGGCCUUUUGUUUUUCACUGAUCAGUACGGUGAUAUUUUAACAGUUAUCUGUUAUAAUGGCCAAUAAUAGACAUGUUUGGUCGGACUCUGAGUUGUCCGACCUAAUUGACAUUUGGUCUGAACCAGAAUUUUUAGAUCUUGCCAAAGACAAAAAAAGGAGAAAAAAAAAUCGAGUUUUUGAGCUUAUAGCUAAACUUUUAAACGGUCUGGGAUAUGACACGACGGCUCAGCACGUUUGUAACAAAUUAAAAAACCUUAGAUCGAUGUAUAAAGAGUGUAUACGAGAAGAUGAGGCCACAAAAUCUGGAGAGUAGACUCCGACCUGGAAAUUUUAUUGGAGGGUUCACAAGAACUUGAGUGGACGCCCAAUGGUGGAUCCCAUAGAAGGCACUCUCGGUGAAUCCUCAUUACCUCCUUCUAGGCCUAGGCCUAGACAGCCGGAAACGUCCAGCCUUGAUAACUUUUAUAGCAGUGAGACUGAGAGCACAACUGCUGAUGCUUUUGCAAUUAUUCAACAACAGUCCUUGGCUGAAAUAUCAGGACCCAUAUGUGUGGUGUGCACGAAGGAAUGUGGUUCACACAAGCGUUUUGAAUACAGAAGGCCUGUCCAUAUUAUACCACCAUGCUUAGGUGAAGGUCCAAGUGUUAUAGAAGAAGGUUAUGGUGUAGACGUGAGGUGUGCAAUAUGUUUCGAUGGUGCUCUGUCCGAUACAUCAACGCCUAGUAAACGGAGGCUGGAAAGUGAUGAAAGCUACAAUGAUGAUGCUAGUAUGCCUACUACUUUAAGACCCGAAGCAGACAUCAUUAAUAUAGCCGAUAAAGGUGCUGUUUCAGAUGCAGAACAAACUCCUAUCAAAAGAUGUAAGUGCUGGGUUUUAUUCAUGAUGGGUAUAACUUCUUUCUCGAUAUUACAUACCUAUGUUGUAGCUGUAGAAAAUUAA